GUACAUCAUGGUAGCGGUGAUGGUGGCGCAUGGUUGGGCUGCUGGUCUCAUCACCCGGGAAUUUUCCACGGUGAUCCGUUCCGUGGUUCAGACAUUGGCGUUGUUGAGCACCUGGCUGAUAGGUGACCCUCUACAGGACAAUCAUCUGGAUUUUCUUCAGCGCUGCGUCCCUUCAUGGCUUCUCUACAUGAUUGUGAUCAUGGCUGCGUUGAUUUUCCAGACAGGGCGGGUGAAUCUGAAGGUGAUUCGCAAAGCCUGCGACUUGAGCGUCGAGGUCACGGCAACGUCGCCUAAGCCAGCAUAUCUAACUGGUCAUCUAACAGUUUGCUAUUGA